GAUGAGUAUUGAGCAUUAUACAGCAAAAUAUUUUAAAAACGUCAGUCAAAAAUAAAAUGGCAUCCAUAACUAUGGAUUCUGCUCGUGAAAAAGGUCUUCAAGAUUACAGAAAAAAACUUCUUGAGCAUAAAGAGGUUGAGUCUCGUCUCAAAGAGAUGCGAGAACACCUCAAAGAUCUUACAAAACAAUAUGACAAAUCUGAAAAUGAUUUAAAAGCUCUUCAAAGUGUUGGCCAAAUUGUUGGUGAAGUAUUGAAACAACUUACAGAAGAAAAAUUCAUUGUAAAAGCUACAAAUGGUCCUCGAUAUGUUGUUGGUUGUAGACGUCAAUUGGAUAAAAAUAAAUUAAAAUCUGGUACUCGUGUAGCAUUAGACAUGACAACACUUACAAUUAUGAGAUAUUUACCUCGUGAGGUUGAUCCAUUGGUAUACAACAUGUCACAUGAGGAUCCAGGUGAUGUAACAUAUUCAGCAAUUGGUGGUUUAUCUGAACAAAUACGUGAACUUCGUGAGGUCAUUGAAUUACCAUUAUUAAAUCCUGAAUUAUUUCAACGUGUUGGUAUAACACCACCAAAAGGUUGUCUAUUAUAUGGACCACCUGGUACUGGUAAAACUUUAUUGGCUAGAGCUGUUGCAAGUCAACUUGAUGCAAAUUUUUUAAAAGUUGUAUCAAGUGCCAUUGUUGAUAAAUAUAUUGGUGAAUCAGCAAGAUUAAUACGUGAAAUGUUUAAUUAUGCACGUGAUCAUCAACCAUGUAUUAUAUUUAUGGAUGAAAUUGAUGCUAUUGGUGGUCGAAGAUUUUCUGAAGGUACAAGUGCUGAUCGUGAAAUUCAACGUACACUCAUGGAAUUACUUAAUCAAAUGGAUGGUUUUGAUUCACUUGGUCAAGUUAAAAUGAUUAUGGCAACAAAUAGACCAGAUACAUUGGAUCCAGCAUUAUUACGUCCAGGUAGAUUGGAUAGAAAAAUUGAAAUACCAUUGCCAAAUGAACAAGCUAGACUUGAAAUAUUAAAAAUACAUGCUGGACCAAUAGCAAAACACGGUGAAAUUGAUUAUGAAGCUGUUGUUAAAUUAUCUGAUGGUUUUAAUGGUGCAGAUUUACGUAAUGUUUGUACUGAGGCUGGUCUUUUUGCAAUUCGUCUUGAACGUGAAUAUGUUAUUCAAGAAGAUUUUAUGAAAGCUGUAAGAAAAGUAUCUGAUAACAAAAAACUUGAAUCCAAAUUAGAUUAUAAGCCAGUUUAAAUGAUGAUGAUGAUGAUAAUAAUAAUUAUAAUAUUUCAAUAAAACAAUAAAGGUUUUUUUUUUUCUAUAAUAUAAUAAAUUCAAUAAAUAAAUAAAUAAACAAACAAACAAAAAAUUAUAUAAUUCAAGAAAAAUUAUUUGUAUUUAACAAAAAUGAUACAUGAAAAAAAUAGUAGUUAUUACAAUACAAAUUUUUUUAUUAUUUCUCAA